AGCAGAUAUCGAGCAUUGCUAUGGAUAUCACCUGUCUGGUAGCCCGGAUCGAUAUCAGGGACUUUAGACCAUUCAUACCCGUUUUCCUGUCGAAAGGCUUUACUCAAAUGUGAUCCGGUUUGGCCUAUGGCUAUCACAUACGGAGGAUCCCGUGUUUUGCCACCUUCAUAACUCAAAAACACCUCAAGAGGGCCGCGUGGGCUAUUCUUGGAUCGAUCCUAUCUUUCCUCCCUAUAGCAAACCACCAUUCUUAUCAGAGAUGUACUCGAGACAGUCAAAACCUUCUGUGGCAGAUAAGGGGCGGAACGUGAAUUCCGGACGCUAUCAGGGGUGCUCCACAUUAUCUGGUAGGUCAACCCAGUCCAUGUAUAAGGUGAUGAAGAAGAACCAACGACCCUUCAAGUCUGAUUCUCAGUGAUUUCUUCUCAUCUCCUCAGAGAAUUCAAUCCUCUUAUCAAUGGAGAAGCCGAUCGAUCUCAAGCGAGAUUUGACGAAUGACGUCGACCUCGAGCCAGCAAAACUAGAAGUAACCGAAGGGGCAACGACGGUGACUACCUCGCCCUCCCUCGGAGAUCAAUUUAGAGCGGUGAAGUAUCACAAACGUGCAGUCCUCGCCGCGUUUGCCUGCUCUACCACUCCAAUCCUGAUCGGAUACGAUUUGACGCUGAUCGGCUCCAUCAUCGCCAAUACCGAGUUCGUCCGCCAAUUUGGCGUCUACGAUCAUAGUCUACAAACCUGGUUACUUCCGGCGAACUACCAGCUUGUCUGGAGUAUUGUUCAAUAUGUGUCUGCCAUUGUCACUGCUAUCUGUGGGGGCUAUCUGAAUGACAUUUUCGGCCGUCGUGUCUGCUUCCUGAUGACUGUCCUACUUGCUGUCUGUGGCACUUUCGUCGAGUUAUUCUCCUCAAACUGGAAAAUAUGGAUAGUGGCGAAGAUCUUCAUGGGUUCUGCAAUGGGUUCCAUGCAGUGUACUACGCAAACAUACGUUUCUGAAAUCACCCCAACAUCGAUACGAGGCCUUGCACUUUCGCUCUUCCAGUUUUGGGUCAUUCUCGGUCAGCUCAUCGCUUCAUGUGUGCUCGAAGGAACCAGCCACGUUGGCGAUUCCUGGUCCUGGAAGGGGGCCGUGGUAUCACAGUUCGGCCCUUCGCUUUUCUGCCUUGUGAUGUUUCUCUCUUUCUGCACCGAGUCCCCGUACUAUCUCGUAUCGAAGGACAGAAUGGAGGAUGCACGGUCUGCACUGGCACGGCUAAGGGCCGGUGAGAACAUCGAUCUUGACGAGGAGCUUGGCCACAUGCAAGCGACUCUGCUUCAUGAACGCCAGGCCCGCGAUAGCUCCCCAUCUUUGCUCGAGUGCUUCCAAGGGACCAAUCUUCGCCGGACGCUUCUCGCUUGUAUGCCUGUCGUCAUGCAAAUCUUGAUCGGGUACCCUCUGUGCGGCAAUUAUCUAUCUUACUUUCUCUCUCUCUCAGGAUUCAGCAACUCAUUCCUCAUCACAGUCAUCUCUGUUGUCUGUUCCAUAGUUGCUUCUCUCUUUGCUUUUGUUCUCAUUGAACGAGUCGGGCGCCGGAGACAGAUGCUCACUGGGUGUGUCGGCAUGCUUGUCUGCCUCCUUACUAUUUCCAUUCUGGGCUUCGAGGGUGUCGGCCAAGUAUGGAACUACCGCACUUUGGCCGCCUUCUGCAUUAUCUGGGCCGUUUUCUACUAUUCGUCCGUCGGUGCUGUGGGCUGGGCGAUUGUUGGUGAGAUCUCUUCGUCCCGGCUGCGGGCCAAGACGACCUCCAUUGCCGCCCUUUCCAGCUCCCUGACCAAUAUGGUGUGGUCAAUCGCCAUUCCAUACUUGGUGAACAAGGAAGAUGCCAACCUAGGGUCCAAGUCCGCCUUGAUUUUCCUGGGGUUUGGUUUUAUCCUCAGCAGUGUCUGCUUUUUCUGUUUGCCUGAGACAAAGGGCAAGUCGUUUGCUAGACUAGAUGCCUUGUUUGAAGCGCGCACACCAGCCAGAAGGUUUGCUGACUAGAAUGUACGGUACUGGUCAUAGGCAGCUUUGUCAACAUGACAGCCCUGGAUUGGACAAUCUUUUUCCACCAUCUUAUCUUAGUCUUGCCGUUCAUCCGAAUUUUAUUUUCCUGUCCAUUCACUUCGAGUGUCUGCACUGAGGGCUUGUUUGUAAUCUUCCACUACGGAAAGGGCCUUCUUGUUCAAUUUUCACGGACAUCCCUCUACAUACUAGUCAACCCAUCCAACUAUAUAAGCAAUAGAUGAUGAAAUAUCUGCCAGUCUAGCUCGAGCAGAUUGAGAUAUAGUCUGCAAAAUAAACAACUGCGGUCUGCGAC